AUGGAGCCGAUAUCAGAUGUAGACCUUAGCGUUCCCCAUUAUUUCAUUCCACACCAUCAUGUUUUAAAGCCAUCAAGCUCAACGACGAAAUUACGCGUGGUAUUCGACGCUUCGUCUAAAACCAGUUCAGGUGUAUCUCUCAAUGAAUUACUAUUGGUCGGCCCUGCAAUACAGACCGACCUACUCUCUACAGUCUUGCGAUUUCGUUACUAUACGUAUGUUUUUACAGCGGAUAUCUCGAAGAUGUACCGCCAGGUAUCAUUACAUCCUAAUGACAGACGUUUUCACUAUAUUCUAUGGCGCUCCGACGGAAGAGAUCCAAUAGCCAUUUAUCAACUGUGCACUGUUACGUACGAUACUACCUCUGCCUCCUUUCUAGCAACACGUGCGCUAAGGCAAUUGUGCAUUGAUGAGCAACAUACAUAUCCACGCGCAGCCGAUGCCGCAAUUCACGCGUUUUACGUUGACGACAUACUAACGGGCGCUAACACAUUAAGUGAAGCAAUCGAUUUGCAAUUCCAACUCAAGACUAUGCUUGCAAAGGGCGGCUUCGAGUUAAGAAAGUGGUGCGCGAAUCACACCGAAAUACUUAAUGGCACUCCUGAUGAAGGUAAAGAGAAGUUUUUCCAAAUAAAGGGUGAUAAUGCAAUUAAAACACUGGGAGUCAUAUGGAACCCCUUUAUAGACAAGUUCUUAUAUGAAAAGCCAGACUCAAUUGCUAAACCGGCGACUACAAAAAGAAGUGUUCUCUCCCAAAUAGCGCAGCUAUUCGAUCCACAGGUCUAA